CAGAAAUCAAAAAUCUGAAAAAUGUCACAAGCAGAGAGGAGAUAGAUUACCGAGGAAGAUGAUGAAGUGGUCGAUCGUUAAGAGAAUCCCCGUCUAUGGAGGUUCCUUCAUUUCUAUGAAACAUAUGAUGUUAGUUCCAGCUGAUUUGAGCUGGAGCUGCUCGUUCUCUGGUAUGCACUCUUUGAUAAACACUGGAGAAGAAGACGAGGAAGAACUCUUGAAGAAGAUCGUUAACCAUAGUGAAAGUGGUUCAAAGAUCAUCAGCAAAAUCGAUUAUACGAAUCUUGUUGAGAAGUUUACAAGAGAUGGAAAUCUCUCUGGAGCAUAUGACUUGUUACAGUCUUUACAAGAAAAGAACAUAUGUUUGCCUAUUUCGGUUUUCAAGAACCUUCUUGCAGCGGCGGGUGAGCUGAACGAUAUGAAGCUUUCUUGUAGAGUCUUCAGAGAGGUCUUGAUCUUGCCGGGUAAGGAACCAUUGAGUUCAGAUUGUUAUCUCAACCUUGCUAGAGCAUUCAUUAACACGGAUGAUUGCACGUAUUUGACGAGUCUGCUUAAAGAGAUAUCAGAGUCUUCACUUCCGUAUAGGUUAAUAGUAAUGAACAGAAUCAUCUUUGCAUUUGCUGAAACUAGACAGAUCGAUAAGGUUCUUAUGAUACUUAAGGAGAUGAAAGAGUGGGAAUGUAAACCAGAUGUGAUCACAUAUAACUCGGUUUUGGAUAUCUUGGGACGAGCUGGCCUUGUGAAUGAGAUUCUGGGGGUUUUGUCAACGAUGAAGGAAGAUUGUAGUGUAUCUGUAAACAUCAUUACUUACAACACGGUGUUAAACGGGAUGAGGAAAGCUUGUAGAUUCGAUAUGUGUUUGGUGAUAUACAAUGAAAUGGUUCAAUGUGGAAUUGAACCAGAUUUGCUAAGUUAUACAGCGGUGAUAGACAGUUUGGGUCGAUCUGGGAACGUUAAGGAAUCGUUGAGGCUUUUCGAUGAGAUGAAGCAGAGACAGAUUCGACCAUCGGUUUAUGUCUACCGAGCUUUAAUCGAUUGUCUGAAGAAGUCAGGAGAUUUUCAGAGUGCAUUGCAGCUUUCAGAUGAGUUGAAGAACACUUCCUCAUUAGAUUUGGCUGGUCCACAAGAUUUUAAGAGACAUUUGAGGUCACAUAGACGCUAAAAUAGCCUGUGUAAACUCUUCAGAUUUUGUUAGAUAUAUGUAUGA